AUGUACAAUUUGAAGCAGUGUAUGUCACCCUGUUCUUCUUAUUCUUUGUGCGCUGUCAUUCCUGCUCCUCAGCCAAACGUCCUCAACGUGUGGCUGGUCAACCUGGAUGUUGCUGACAUAAUCUUCUGCUUCACUCGAAUCUUCUCCCUGGUCACGGUUCUCUUCGUGGGCCACUGGCCCUUCAGCUUGUCCAUCUGCAAGUUCAACGGCUUCUUCAAGUACGCCAACAUGUUUUGCUCCGUCUUCAUGCUGGCCGUCAUCAGCGUGGACCGCGCCCUCUGCUUCCAGUUCCCGGUGUUCACCCGGCGCCAUCGCACCGUGUUUGCCGCCCGGGUGGUGGCCGUGUGCACGUGGGUGGCGGUUGUGGUCUUCAGCUUGCCCUUCUUCCUCUACCGACAUAUCUUCCGGUGCAGCCAUAACCUGAGCAAGUGCAGUGUGAAUAAAAUGGAGGACGCGUGCGUUAGGACGGGGCUCUACGUCAUCCGCUUCCUGUGCGGCUUUCUGCUGCCCUUACUGGUCAUCCUGGGCUGCUACAUCGUGGGGGUGGGCAUCCACCGCACCCGCUUUUCGAGUAAGUCGCGCCCCCUGCGGGUGUUGGCCUUGCUGGUGAGCCCCUUCUUCCUGUGCUGGGCCCCGUACCACAGCCUGCUGAUGCUCAGGAUAGUGGACAGCAGCAUCUUGUGGGUCAUCAUCUGGCUGCCCGUCGCCAAGGAGCGCACUGGCCGAAGUUAACGGACAGACUUCGAAGAAAAAAUCCCGUGUGUGAUGGAGGAGAGGGGCAAUUGAAAUAAAUGCAAAAUACUAAAUAAUGCAUAGGUGACAUUUUAUGGUUAAAAUGUAAUGUCAAAAAAUAUUUACCUUCUCCAUGGUUCUUAAUGAUAUAGACCCGUGGUUCUUAAAAUUAUUCAAAAAUUACUUUCUGAGGUAUGUAUGAAUUUAUGAACUCGUAAGAACAAUUGCAUGUCAUUACCGUUACCUUUCUCUUCCAAUACAACACCUCCAAACUUCUAUAGAAGUUGUAGUGUAUACAGUAUAAUACAGUAUGACAGUUCACAGUCAAUAUUUAUGUAAUAACAUGACAAAAACGUUCAAACUUCAAAUAAAAAUACACCAUACUCACUGGUCUUUUUUUUCCUAGCUGUCGGCGUAAGCUAGCUCAAAACAUGCUGCUCUGAAUGUGCCGCAAAAUCCUUUUCCGGGUUGAAAACAAGUCAGACAGUAAUAUGUUGGUUGACCUAGCCCCGCGAAGUUGAGUUGCUGUUUUUUAAAGUGGUCUUGAAAUUGAAUUUUUAAUCACGUCCAAAGUUGUCCUUUUCAGUAAAUCAAUCACAUACUCAGUUCA